AUGGAAUUUAGAAAAUUUGUUAAAAUGCUAAAUCCUAGUUAUUCAAUUCCUUCAAGAAAAAUAGUUUCUAAGUCUAUCAUACCACAGUCACUAGAAAAAACUAAGCAAAACGUAAAAGCUAAUUUAAAAAAAUCGGAAUACAUCGAAUUUACUACAGAUGGCUGGACAUCUUUGAACAACGAUAGUUUCGUUGCUAUAACAGUUCAUUAUAUAGAUAAUAUAGAAUGUGUUUUAAAAACAUAUUUAUUAGGAUGCUACUAUUAUGAAAAAUCCCAUACCGCAAUUAAUUUAUCUGAAUUUAUGAAUGCAUGUUUUAAUGAGUGGGAAAUAUCUGAAAAAAAUAAAAAUUGCUGUUAG